GGACGGUGCGCUUUGAUCGCAGGGGAGGGGCAUAUUGCAGGGCACAUGCACUGCCUUAGAGAAUCACGUGUGGCGGGCAUAGAGCUUCCUCCCUGGAUUCAGCAAUAUUGACGUCCUCCCACCGCAAUAACAUUGUCACAGUCCAUUCAGCUUCUCUCACACAGCACCUCAGUCCUUGUCCAUCUCCCAAAGAAGCACAACACCACACUACUUACUCUCAUCAUCAUGGCAUUCCCACCGGGCGGCACCUACUUCGACGGCAAGAAGUCCUUCAACGAUGUCACAAUCGACCAAUCCAAGGACAAUGCCAUCAACACCACCGAAUUCCUGGAAGCAGCAGAGGCUCUCACCCAGCUCUUCGACGUGCUCGGUGGCGUUGCAUUCAACCCCGUGAAGAACGACAUGGGCGGCAACAUCAAGAAAAUCAGAGAAAGACAAUUGGCAGCACCUGUCGAGAGCGAGACGCUACAGGAUCUUGUGCGAAACGAGCUCAAGACGAAGAAACACACCGCGACUGAAGGUCUCCUGUGGUUGAACAGAGGACUCGACUUCACCGCACAAUCCCUCCGCCGAAACGUCGAUACGCCCAGCGAAGAGCUUUCCGUCUCGUUCCGCGAAGGUUAUGGUAAAACGCUCAAGCAACACCAUUCAUUCAUUGUCAAACCCAUCUUCUCCGCUGCUAUGUCUGCUACCCCAUAUAGAAAGGACUUUUAUGCGAAGCUGGGGGAUGAUCAACCACGCGUGAACAAAGAACUGAAUGAUUGGUUGAAAGGUUUGGAGCACACUGUGACGGUUCUGAAUACGUUCCUCGCGAGCAAGGAGGCUAAGUGGUAACGGAGGAAGAGAAGGAUUGUGGGAGAAAGAAGGCCAAGAGUAGGAGUGAGGGCACUGGACUCGAGAGAGUGGAUUGAUGGGUACAGAAAAGUAUUAUUACUCUGAGUCGACUAUCGCUGCUUUCCCGUCAAGGUACGCUGAAGCAUGGCGCAAAAGCUCUCAAACACCGCAUAGUCCUGGCCUCUCAGCCAACGCACUUCCACUUCCUCUUUCCUACACGUAAUCUUGACCGCAAGCGCCACCACUCCAUCCUCAUCCUCAUCCUCAGCAUCCUCAUCAUCAU